CAUGAGCUGCUGUGGCUGUUCAGGAGGCUGUGGCUCCAGCUGUGGGGGCUGUGGCUCCAGCUGUGGGGGCUGUGGCUCCAGCUGCUGUGUGCCUGUCUGCUGCUGCAAACCUGUGUGCUGCUGUGUGCCAGCCUGCUCCUGCUCUAGCUGUGGUGGAGGCUGCAAGGGAGGCUGUGGCUCCAGCUGUGGGGGCUGCAAGGGAGGCUGUGGCUCCAGCUGUGGGGGCUGCAAGGGAGGCUGUGGCUCCAGCUGUGGGGGCUGCAAGGGAGGCUGUGGUUCCAGCUGUGGGGGCUGCAAGGGAGGCUGUGGCUCCAACUGUGGGGGCUGCAAGGGAGGCUGUGGCUCCAGCUGUGGGGGCUGCUGUCAGUCCAGCUGCUGCAAACCUUGCUGCUGCCAAUCCAGCUGCUGUGGGGGUUGUUGCCAGUCCAGCUGCUGCAAGCCCUGCUGCUGCCAGUCCAGCUGCUGCAAGCCCUGCUGCUGCCAGUCCAGCUGCUGCAAGCCCUGCUGCUGCCAGUCCAGCUGCUGCAAGCCCUGCUGCUGCCAGUCCAGCUGCUGCAAGCCCUGCUGCUGCCAGUCCAGCUGCUGUGCCCCUUGUUGCUGCAAGGGGGGUUGUGGCUCCAGCUGUGGGGGCUGCUGUCAGUCCAGCUGCUGUAAGCCCUGCUGUAGUCAGUCCAGCUGUUGCCAGUCCAGCUGUUGCAAGCCUGUCUGCUGCUGUGUGCCUGCUUGCUCCUGCUCCAGCUGUGGUGGAGGCUGUGGGGGUGGUUGCCAGUCCAGCUGCUGCAAACCCUGCUGCAGCCAGUCCAGCUGUUGCCAGUCCAGCUGCUGCAAGCCUGUCUGCUGCUGUGUGCCAGCCUGCUCCUGCUCCAGCUGUGGUGGAGGCUGUGGGGGUUGUUGCCAGUCCAGUUGCUGCAAGCCUGUCUGCUGCUGUGUGCCAGCCUGCUCCUGCUCCAGCUGUGGUGGAGGCUGUGGGGGUUGUUGCCCAUCCAGCUGUUGCAAACCUUGCUGCAGCCAGUCCAGCUGUUGCCAGUCCAGCUGCUGCAAGCCUGUCUGCUGUUGUGUGCCUGCUUGCUCCUGCUCCAGCUGUGGGGGAGGCUGUGGGGGUUGUUGCCAGUCCAGCUGCUGCAAGCCCUGCUGUAGUCAGUCCAGCUGCUGCAAGCCCUGCUGCUGCUAGUCCAACUGUUGUAUCCUUUUUGCUACCAGUUUAGUAUCUGCUGCUCACUCCAUUCCCUUCCCUUCGACCUUAAUUUAAAGCAGUCUGCCUUCAGUAAGUUCCCUCCUCCACUCCCAGCUCCCACCCACAGCUCCUAUCUCAGCAUCAUUGCAGAUUACCCAGGACCCAGGACUCAGGACCAUUUAGGAACCCUGAUUCUGGGAUUUCCUGAUCUCCUUAGCCUGGAAACCACUGAGUCACAGGACUGCUCCCUAUCCCCUUCUCUCCAACCUCCUUGCCAAAAGGGACAUCACCCUGCCAAGAACAUCUGGCAAAGGGCUGCCCAGUAUACCAUGCAGACCCCAGUGGAACCUCUGGAUCAUCUCCAAAGGAUCAUCUGCCUGCUCCCAGAUGUGAGGCCAUCACUGCUGAUUGCUGAGCUGCCUCCCAACAGUCUUCAUUCCUGGAUGCCCCAACUCUCUCCUCCAAAGGGUCUUGUUGCUUAUCUUGGGCUCCUUUGACUAUCCCUGGAAACCAGGGAAAUCAUUUUGUUUCAAUAAAACGUACCCUUAACACUGAAAA